AUGAAGAUCAUUAUCGUUGGUGCUGGCCCAUCCGGCUUGCUUCUUGCUCUUCUGCUUGCGAAGAAGGGAAUCGACGUUGAAAUAAUGGAAAAAUCUACAACGCUGGACACGCAACCCCGAGCAACUCAUUACUCUUCGCCUGCGGUGUACGAACUUUCCCGAGCUGGAGUGGCAGAUGAGAUGUUCCGUGGAGGCUUUGUUCCAGGAGGUGUAUGCUGGAGAAAGCUUGAUGGGUCGAGACUGGCUGGCCUUGAUGCUGAAGGCGUUAUUCCAGAUGAUUAUCCCUACAAGAUGGUGUGCUAUCCCCUAGACAAGCUGGGCCCACUACUGCUCAAGCACGCACUGGAACUGCCGAAUGUUCGGGUUCAUUGGUCCCAUGAAGUUCUCACGGCUGGCCAAGAUGAUUCGUGCGCAUGGAUCGAAGUCAAAUCUCCCGAAGGCGAACGCAAGAUUACGGCGGACUACGUGAUAGGCUGUGACGGGGCCAAGAGUAUAGUCAGGCGUCAGCUCUUUGGGGAUGACUUCCCAGGGUUCACAUGGGAUGAGCAGAUCGUAGCCACCAACACCUACUAUGACUUUGAUCAAUUUGGCUGGUCGGACAGCAACUUCAUUAUACACCCGGAACACUAUUUCAUGGCCGCACGCAUCAGUCCACACUUUGGAAAGGAAGCCCUGUGGCGCGUCACAUACGGUGAGCUGCCGGGGCUAUCCCAAAAAGAGCUGGCGGCCCGUCAACCAGAAAAGUUUCGUACCUUUCUCCCUGGACACCCUGAACCAGAUCAAUACAAGGUAGUUAACAUUGCGCCUUAUCGGAUCCAUCAGCGAUGCUCCACAAGCUUCCGCGUGGGACGGAUCCUCCUGGCAGCAGAUGCUGCCCACCUGUGCAAUCCAUUCGGCGGCCUCGGCCUGACCGGUGGGAUUGCUGAUGUUGGUGGCCUCGCCGACUGCUUGAUCGGUAUCCAUCAGGGGUGUGCAUCGGAGAAGAUCUUAGACCAUUACGACCGUAUCCGACGUGACAUCUACGACAAGACUAUCAAUCCUCUUUCGUCGGAGAACUUUAGACGCGUUUGCAAGCAAGACGGCGAGCUGGCGCUUCAAAAUGACGAGUUUCUCAAGAUUUGCCUCAAAGCCGAGAAGGAUACCGAAUUUUCGAGGACACUGCAACUUUCUAUCAAGGAUCUUUUGUGCCAUGAUUUCACUCAAUACUACGACAAGGUCACCAAGAAUGGUUCUGCAUAG